AUGACGGGGAAGUACGCUUCAGAUCCGGAAUGGGCGUCUAUCGAACCCAUCCCGCUGAAUGACGGCUCAGACUCUGGUGCGUUGCCUCUUGCAACCAUCGCCUACACAGACGAUUACAUCGAGGCGACGUCGUAUCUGCGAGCCGUGAUGGCUGCGAAUGAGAUGUCGGACAGGGCGUUGAAGCUGACGGAGGACAUCAUCUCAAUGAAUCCGGCUCAUUACACGGUUUGGAUCUACCGUGCGAAGAUCCUGUUCGCACUGAAGAAGGACCUAAAGGAGGAGUUUGAAUGGCUGAAUAGAGUCUCGCUCAAGUAUUUGAAAAACUACCAGAUUUGGCAACAUAGAGAAGUCAUUGUGUCUUGCAGAGACCAAUUUCCUACUCUACCAGACAGAGAGCUUGAUUUCUUGAUGGAAAUGUUUGCCCAAGAUUCCAAGAACUACCAUGUCUGGAAGUAUCGCCACUGGCUCGUGCGCCACUUCAAGCUCUGGGACCUGCCGCGCGAAAUCGAGGAUGUUGAAGCCCUGCUCAAAGCCGAUGUGCGCAACAACUCGGCGUGGAACCAUCGCUUUGUGCUCCGCUUCGGACCCCGUGGGGAUGACGAGCCGGACGCCGGCAUGCCGAAUGGUGGAGCAAUGGGAGCGGACAAAGGCCGCCUGGCCGUUGCGGACGAAGACGUGAUCGACGCCGAACUGCAGUAUGCGCAGGCCAAGAUCCUGUUGGCGCCCGAGAACCGCAGUCCCUGGUCCUAUGCUCGUGGCGUGUUGCGCGCAGCCGGCCGACCGCUAUCCGAAUGGAAAGACUUUGCGAGUAAAUUCGUCACGGAGAAGAAGAAGCACGAUGCCGAGGACGGCGAGGACGAAAUCGAGGUCGAAGUCAAGAGCAGCCAUGCGGUCGAAUGGCUGGCUGAUGUGCUUGCCGAGCAGGUCUCAGGCUCAGAGACAGACAAGUCGGAAGCCGUCAAGAUGCUCACCCUACUCAAGGAGAAGUAUGACCCUAUCCGCAAGAACUACUGGGACUACCGGAUCAAGAUGCUGGAUUCUUUCGCAGUGCCUUACGGGGUCUCUGCUUCAGCAUAA